GACUCACCAGCUAAUACGGGAAUCGCCCCGUAAAAGAAGGUCACACUGAUUAUUCUUUUGUGUGUAUGUGUGUGUGUACUUACUGGAAGAACUUCGGAGCUGAGGAGGUGGAGCCUUACGAAUAUCAGCUCUAGAGACUACUCGCUGGUUGCUGUAACACAACUACCUCCGUUUGCUGGAUAGAGAAAGAAGGACUGAGUAUUGUUUAUUGUCUAUUUCACUUGCUUUGGUAAUUUAAACACGUUUCCCAUGCCAAUAAAGCCAUUUGAAUUUAAUUGAGAGCGAAUAAGAAUAGAGGGGGGGAGGACCCCGAAGUCUUUACCGACAAUAGCCUACGGACCCGUUCCUCUGUCGGUUAGAAGAGACAGGAGUUAAUGACCAAGUUUAUAAAUGAUUUAACUCGGGGACUUUGGAUAUUUUCUCCCCCCGGAGAGGAACGCUGGAGCCCGAGACAGGAACCAUCUCCAAGCUGUCUGCAGUGGGUGGUCUCUCUGAGGUCCUCUCUGGACUGCCAAUCAGUGUCUUCACUCUGGGAAUCACGUCCGCUACCCUACUCCUCCCCUCCUCCCUCACGUCCUCCCCCCUCCUCCCCCCACUCGUCCUCACCCUUCCUCCUCCCUCACGUCCUCUCCCUUUCUCCUCCCUACCUCCAUCACAACUCACCUCCUCCCCUUGUACCUCCUCCUCCCUCCCUGCUCUGGACCCCCCAACCCUCGGUCAGCAAGCCGAGCAGGGGGGGUCAGGGCGCCAUGGUAACCCAUAGCAGGCACGACCCCCCCAGCCAUGAGCAGCGUUACCCGCCCAGAGGCCAGAGGUCAGGGGUCAGAUGUGGACCCCCUGCGCUACAAACCCUUCAGCUCGCACGCACACUACCAACAGGUGCUGUGUGCGGUGCGUAAGUUACAGGAGAGUGGGUUCUACUGGGGUGCAGUGGGGGGUCGUGAGGCCAGCGCUCUGCUCCGCUCCCAGCCCCCCGGGACCUUCCUGGUCCGAGACUCCUCCGACCACCACUACUUCUUCACACUGUCGGUCCAGACGGCUCGCGGGACCAAGAACCUCCGGAUCCACAGCCAGGGGGGAAGCUUUUACCUGCAGCCUGACCCCCACUGCACGCACACGCCCCCGCGUUUCGACUGUGUGCUCAAACUGAUUGGACACUACAUGGGGAAGGAGGGAGGUGGAGGAGGAGAUGGGGAGGCCGGGGCCGGGGUAAGGACAGGGGGAGGCAUGGCUGCGGCUGCAGGGGAGACUGUGGGGACAGGGAGUUUGUAUCUGAUCCACUCAGGGGGAGAGAAGGUUCCAUUAGAACUGCGUCGACCCCUCCCCUCCUCCCUGUCCUCCCUCCAGCACCUGUGUAGAAGGACCCUGAACGGACACCUGGGGGGCCCGGAUCCCCCCGACACACACCAGCUCCCUCACACUCUAAGAGACUUCUUGGCGGAGUACGAUGCUCCCAUCUAACACACACAGUUCAGUUUGGGGGUUUCCCCGUCUAACGGUUGAGGAUAGGAUUUGGAGAGGGUAAGCUGAUCCUAGAUCGAUGCUACUGCUUCCUAUCAAGUGGAGCUUCAUAUAGGUAGCCAUGGAUACGCCUCUCCUGGAGAGACUGUCAAUGGGAGUCAGGAAAACGCUGGGGGUCAGAAGUGAUUGCCCUGUCAGCCAGUUAGUCGUUCUCCCAGCGGAAGCUGUGAUUGGAUAGUCAAAGAGAUUACAGUGACGCAGACAGUGAACGUGCUUACAGGCAAGCAAACACACACUUUAGCAGUGGCUUUCGGAGUGUUGUCAGAAGGUUUCCUGUGGGUUUGUUGUGCUGCUGUGGCUGAGGAACAGCUCUUUCUAUUGAUUAACAGAAGCUUACCUCUCCUCUUUCUCCUGUCUGACAUGUAAAAUGGGCUGACUGGAUUGAGAGAGAGAGAGGGAGAUAGAGAGAGGGAUGGAAGUAUAAUGAGAGAAAAGGAGAGAGAGGGUGGGGAGUAUGGCAGAGAAUGUCAAAUGAGGGGCCCAUAGCAGAGUGAAUGUGUUUGUGUGCAUGGUGUCGUACACAUUUCCACUGCUGCAUGCCAACUAGCAUGGCCUCAUAGGAAGGUGUGAGGGAUCAUGGCUGACAACAGCCUCUAGCCUCACACACAUAGACACACACAGAUAGACACACACAGGCAUACAUACAGCUAUACUGCAGCUUUGGAAGCUCUUCUGUUAGAAUGUGAUGGAGGUGCCCCUGUCUCUCCCUCUUGUCUUUACCCCCCACUACAUCAACAGGAGUUGUGACAGUGAGUCUGAGCAGACCACUGUUAGUCAGACAAAAGCCCUGGCAGACAACCAAAGCUAACAGUGGAUCUUAUUAUAGUCCCAGGGGGCGGGCAGACAGACAGACAGGCAGACCGGACCGGCAGGCAGACAGACAGGCAGACAGACAGACAGACAGGCAGGCAGACCGGACCGGCGGGCAGACAGACAGACAGACGGACCGGCCCGGGGAGGCAGGCAGGCAGAAACAACAACGUGUGUGCCCCAAAUAGCACCCUAUUCCUUUUAUAGAGAAUUACUUUGGGACCCUGUGGACUCUGGUCAAAAGUAGUUCACUAUAGGAAAUAGGUUGAGAUACCGGCAGAAACAACUACAACAGAACAUAGUCAGAAGUCGAGUGGGAGAGGUUAGGAAAGGGUGAGGAAAGAGUGAGGAAGACAAGUAGGGGUGAGGCUGGGGGAGAGGUUAGGAAAGGGUGAGGAAAGAGUGAGGAAGACAAGUAGGGGUGAGGCUGGGGGAGAGGUUAGAGAUGGUUUUCAGACCACAGAGAUGAUGACAACCCCUUCAUUUGGUCUGAUGAUGAUGGUAGUGAUGAUGAUAAUGAUAGUGAUGAAGAUGACGAAGACGUGAUAAUGAUGAUUUUGAUGUUGUGUUAAGCUGAAUCCAUGUCUUCCUGAUAGAAGUCUAAUUAGUAGAAGAUCAACGUUUGUCAUUUUGAACAUUUACUAACAAUAUAAUGUUUACAUGUGUCCCAUCAGCCCAGCUACAUGUGAAGUACUCGUCUUUCAUAAAGACUGCUCAUAACCUCGCCACUAGACUGGCAGACAGGGCAAACUAUCUGGAACAACGAAAACUAAAAGCAUUACAAAAUAGAAAUGAAUAAAGGAAUUUUGCACAUAUUUAUAUUUCUAAGAUAUUUCAAUACUUAAUAUUAAAGCGCACUUUUCUUUUACCAAAUUGAA